AACAGAUUCUGCAGUUUUCUACCAACAAACGAAGCUCUCUCUCUCUCUCUCUCUUUCUCUUUCCUACUCUCUCCAUUUUCAAGCGUACUUGACCAUCUUUCCUCCAAAUCCAGGUCCUUGUUUGUAAAUUCUUCCCCAUUUUAGGGUUCUUUUCUCCGCCCACCUUCAAAACUCUGUAUAUAUACUAAUCAAUUUCAUUACCAAGAAAAAAAAUAUUGAAAAUCUCUGAAUUCUUCAACCAAUUUCCAUUCCCUUUAUUUUUUUUAUAAGAUCUGUAUACACAAGCACAGGGAAAAUUCUUUUCCUCUUUUUCACUCCACCAAUACAGCAACUUGUGACUUAAAGCUUGCAUAUAUUUCUUCUGGGUUUCUUAGAAAAUUAAGAAGAAAAAAUCAAUCUAAUUGUUGGGUUAUAUUUCUUUUUCCUUAGAUUUGUGAAAAUUAGAAAAAAAAAAUUGUAACUACCAUUUAUUUGGGUGCUUGAGUUUGGAAUUGGAAACCCUAAUUUCCCAAAUUGAAGAAGAAGCUUUUGUGUUAUGGCGGUUUCUACUAUAGCUCUAUACGCGAGUCCACCGAGCAGUGUGUGUUCACCACCGCAUCCUUGCCCGCAUGCUUCCUAUGACUUUGAAUUGGGAGCUAGAUCUUCCUCGCCGGCAUCGACAGCGACCGCGUCGACGUCGCAGAAGGCGGUAACGGGUGGGCUUUCGUGUUUGUUCUCAUCUCCGGCGGCGGUGGUGAAGCACGCGCCGUUGUCGUCGAGCUUCUGCGGCACCGUAGAUGAGGAUGAAUUGAAGGAUCUGAGCAGCUCGUUCUCGUAUUCGCCGAGUAAAUUUGGUGGGUCUUCUUGGAAGAGGGAUCAGAGCCCUGUGUCUGUUUUCCAUGGUCCUGUUUCCUGUAGCAGCGGCGGCGGCGGCAGCACCGUUCGUUCGGUUGCUAAGGGAUCAAUCCCGGUGAGGAUCGGGUGUGAAAGGGUUGGUGGGACGAGUGGCCUCUUUGAUGGGUUUGUGAGGAAUGCUUUGGGUUCUUGCUUGGAUUAUGAUUCAUCAAGUGUCAAAUUUCGUGGUGGUGAUAUAGAUGGAGGUGCCUCUUCUGCCCUGGUGGAUGAGUUGACCUUCAAUUUGGAUGAUACUUUUGUGGAGGGUGGCUUUGAGCCCUACGCUAAGAAGUUGCUGCUGGGGGCUCAGUUGAGGCACAAGAUCUUUUGUGAAGAGUUCGUUAUCAAGGCUUUUUGUGAAGCAGAGAAAGCUCACAGAGGACAGAUGCGAGCUAGUGGAGAUCCCUAUUUGCAGCAUUGUCUGGAAACUGCUGUGCUGCUGGCUAUGAUCGGUGCCAACUCCACAGUAGUUGCUGCUGGGCUUUUGCAUGACACCCUUGAUGACGCUUUUCUAACUUAUGAUUACAUAUUUGGGAUGUUUGGCGCUGGAGUUGCUGAUCUAGUGGAAGGGGUUUCUAAAUUGAGUCACUUAAGCAAGCUGGCUCGUGAAAAUAACACAGCUAGCAAGUCAGUUGAAGCAGAUCGCCUGCAUACAAUGUUCCUUGCCAUGGCAGAUGCAAGAGCCGUCCUCAUUAAAUUGGCAGAUCGACUACAUAAUAUGAUGACACUAGAUGCGUUGCCGGUGGCCAAACAACAAAGGUUUGCAAAGGAGACUUUGGAGAUUUUCGCACCUUUAGCCAACCGCUUAGGAAUAUCUAGUUGGAAGGAACAAUUAGAAAAUUUGUGUUUUAAGCAUCUAUAUCCAAUCCAAUAUGAGGAGCUUUCAUCAAAGCUUGUUGAUUCCUAUGAUGAUGUAAUGAUUGCUUCUGCAAUAGAGAGAUUGGAGCAAGCUCUUAAAGAUGAAGGCAUUUCUUACCAUGUCAUUUCUGGGCGACACAAAAGCUUGUACAGCGUCUAUUGCAAAAUGCUAAAGAAGAAACUAUCUAUAGAUGAUAUCCAUGAUAUUUAUGGGCUGCGCUUGAUUGUUGACAAGGAAGAAGACUGUUAUAAAGCCUUAACAGUUGUUCACAAGUUAUGGUAUGAGAUACCUGGAAAGCUGAAAGAUUACAUAUCUUGCCCCAAGUUCAAUGGGUAUCAAUCUCUGCACACUGUGGUGAUGGGUGAAGGCAAGGUUCCCCUAGAGGUGCAAAUUCGGACAAAAGACAUGCAUUUACAAGCAGAAUUCGGGUUCGCUGCUCAUUGGAGAUACAAGGAAGAUGACUGUCAACAUUCUUCGUUCGUGCUCCAGAUGGUUGAGUGGGCUCGAUGGGUUGUCACCUGGCAGUGCGAGGCAAUGAGUAAAGAUUGUUCGUCUGUGGGAUAUGCUGAUUCAAUCAAGUCACCAUGCAAAUUCCCUUCUCAUGCCGCUGAUUGCCCAUAUUCUUAUAAGCCUGAUAAUGGUGAGGAGGGACCUGUUUUCAUUAUCAUGAUUGAGAAUGACAAGAUGUCGGUCCAAGAACUUCGUGCAAACUCGACAGUAAUGGAUUUGUUGGAGAGAGCGGGGCGGUCGAGCUCUCGGGUGAUGACAUACAGGUUCCCACUGAAGGAAGAAUUGAGGCCAAGGCUGAACCACAAGCCUGUAAGUGAUCCCUCUUGCAAGUUGAAGAUGGGAGAUGUGGUGGAGCUUACACCUGCCAUACCUGACAAGUAUCUCACAGAAUAUAGGGAAGAAAUCCAACGCAUGUAUGAUCGAGGCCUAACUGUAUCAGGCACGGGCAUGGUUGGUUCAAGAAGCUGACCCUUGCUUGGCUUUCACAUCUGUUCCUUCUACAUAUCUUAGAAACAGUUAUGUUGUAUAUAUCUCUGUUGUACAUAACAACUAUAUAUGUUACUAGUUUGAACUUGCUAACUAGAUUCAAUUAUCCAAUGAAUGAUUGGUUUAUGUAGUUGGGCUAAUGGUCCUCAUCUAUUCAAUACACCUAGUGUUUCAAGUUUUAUUUUGAA